CAUUUUUCUAGCAGUUUGACAGCAAUUUUGGGGCAUAGAAGCAUGCCCUUUGAGAAAAUUUAGUUUUUCCCUUGAAUAUCUUGAUAUUUUGGGUGUAAAAAGUGUAAAUUGAGUGAAGGAAAUGGCUGAGGAAGGGAAUGAGGAUAGUUGGCUGUAUGGAUGUUCCAAUCCAGAAGGUGCAGAAGAUAAGGAAAACACUGGAGAGGGUAGUGAAAAGAAUCGCGAUGAGUUUGACAUUGAUAAGCGUCGAGAGGAAGAUGAGAGGCCCCAACAGGACGAUUCCAACACCUUCGAAGGACAAGGGCAGGCAGAAAAUGGGGCUAAUGAGGAUCAAACAGCUAUGGAUCAGGACGACGUAACUGAUGCAGCUGAACACAUGGAGGAGCAGGAAAAUGUUCCGAAUGUCAAGGAGAAGGGUGAAAAUGGAUCAGAUUCCGAUGAGAGCGAUGAUGAUGAUAUUAAUGUAGUCAUUGGGGAUAUAAAAUCCGGCUUGAGUUACAAUAUCAAACAACGAGGGAGUCUCUUGGCACCAAAUGCUGCCAAUGCCAAUGAAAAAUUGAAACAGUCCACUGGGAAGUUCAGUAUGGAGGAUUUCGAGAGUGUGGGUACUAUCAGUGGUGUCGCAGCCACGGAAUUCAGUAUUGAUUCGCUCGAGGAGAAGCCCUGGAGGAUGCCAGGAGCUGAUAUUACUGAUUACUUCAACUAUGGCUUCAAUGAAGACACCUGGAGAUCCUACUGUGAGCGUCAGAAGAAGAUGCGUCUCAAUGAGAGUGGUGUUGGUCUUCAGGGAUUGGCUCUGGGUCCCGUGACUGGCAUUACGCCUGGUCAUGGACGCACCCUGACGCCAAUCUCGAAUGAUAAUAGCAAAUACACCUCAAUUCCCGGCAGUUUGAGACGUGCUGGUCCACCACCUGGACGCAAAAUGACAGGAAGCAUCGAUGUUAUUGGAUCCAAUGGGAUUUCCAGUCGUCGGGAGGAUGGUCUACUGGGUAAGCCACCGUCCAAAGAGAAUGCCAUUCAGGUGAUGACAGCCGAUCGGAGGGAGUACAGCAGAUCAGGCGGGAAAUUUGAUACAGCCAUUCCGGGAACAUUUUCAGCAGAACCACAACCCAUUGAUCCAUUCUACGAUCAGCAGGAUGCUUUUAACUAUGGCUACGAACCCACUCAGGAUUCACAGUGGAACAAUAAUGCCUGGCAGCCGACGGGAAUUAAGGAAUUGACUCCUGGAACACCGCAAAUGGUACCGCCUCCUUUGGGAAUGCCCGUGGGCGUACCAAUGCCCAUUCAGCCCAUUGGACAUGGUCCACCUCCGCACAUGAUGAAUUCCGUGCGCUAUGAUGAGGACAGGGACAGAGAUCGCGACAGGGAUCGUGACAGGGACAGAGAUCGUCGGGACAGAGACUACAAACAAAUUGGAUCAUUUCUUUCAGGAUUCGAACGCAGACGAAGUCGAUCUAGAGAUCGUGACAGGGAUCGUCUGCUAACUGAGCGGGAGAUUAAGCAAGAGCCCGUUGACAGAGAUGAAGAAUCUCCUUCCAGGGACAAAGAUAGGCGGUCAAAGUACCGCGAAAGGAGCAGUCGCAGGGAUAGAUCACGCAGCAGAGAGAGAUCUGAGAGAUCCCGAAGGUCCAGAAGUCGUACAAGGGACCGUCGGAGUCGCAGUGACAAGAAAAAGUCCCAUAAACGUGACAAAGAUGAUAGUGAAUAGGCAUUUUGGGGGAGAGAGGACAUAAUCCUGGAGUGAGAAUUGCUUGAAUAAUUGUGAAAUUAAUUGAAAAAAUCCAAUAAAUAAUUGAAAAAUA